AUGCUCAAAUCGGUGUUGGUGGCUAUUUUGGUGGCUCAAGCGACGGUGGCUCUGAACAGCGCCACCGAUGAACUGACCAAGCUCGUCGACCAGGUCAACCCCGAAAUUACGACUUUCCUGAGCAAGACUCAGCUCACUGAGGUUGCUUAGCUUCAAAGUUCGAAGUUCAAUCAGCUUUUUUUUAGUUCUUCGUCACUUUUGGGAAAAUUUUCAACUCGAACAAAACUAUGAUUCAAAUGGCUCCAGGUGAGUAUCUUGGAUCAAAAAUAGUACACAGAUGUCUGGUCCUCCACUUUUCCAAACUCCUUCGUUGAUCAUAUGCUCUUCUUUGAAUAUUUUUGAGCAAGCGUUCGAUGAGCUCUGAAGGGAGUAAGUUUUAGACUUUUAAAGUCAUUCUGCCGAUUAUUCCUCUCGAUGGAAAUUGUCUCAGUUUAAAUUCCAGUAAAAAAUGAAUAAAUCGGAACGCUUGAAGAAGGAGCACAGGCAAAAUUUAUAAAGGUUCCGAAACAAAGAGCUUUUUCGCUGUUGAUAUAGCUCAUCCAGCUUCAGCUUGUCGUGAUAUUUUUUUCCUUCCAGGUCGUUCUGAAUGGUCUAACAUUCAAAAAGAUCAUUUUUGAGCAGAUCAUGCUAAAGGUCAAAUUUUUCAGCUUGUUACUACGCCAUGGAAGCUGUGAUGACCCAGGAGCAGCGUCAAGAAGCGAAGGCGUCGCUUUUGAAAGCUAAAGAUAGGUAGAAAAGAAAAUAAGUUAUUUUUAAAUAAGUUUCUCUUUAUAGCUACGGCGGAUUCGACAAGGUCCAUGUUCUGGUGUUCCGUGGCCUCGACGCAAUUCACAAGUUCUUCGGACCAACUUUGGAGAAAGUAUGACUUUUUUUCAAUGAAAGAAUAUAGGUUUUAUUUUAGGACAGAGCCGACUUCCGAGAAGCCGAAAAGAGCGGAAAAUCGAUGGACGAGGUCAGCGCCUUGGUUUAUGAGAGGCUGCAGCAGUACUGGAACGUCGAAUUCGGCCAAUUGGUUCGGCUUUGCUCUUUCAAAAUCAGAUUUUUUUCCACUUUUUUUUUUGAUUUGUAUUAUAUAUUUAGCGGAUUUUCGAUUAGUUUGCUUUUCCGUGUGAAAAGGCGCAGAAGUUAUUAGAUGAGGGUACCCGCUCAGAAAGUGGAAUUCGAAUUCAAAUAAGCUUUUAUUAGGAAAGUUUUUCUAGUUUCGAAAAUCAAAGCAUUCAACAAACAUUCUUAAAGUAUCAAGUAGCUUUUUUUUUAUCACUAGUUGAGGUCUUCUGGGGCUUUCGGACCCCUAAAAGCAUUUUGAAGACACUGUGUGAAUACAGUUCCGGAAGAAAACUGAAAUUUUCAGCUGAUCGACAACGUGAAGGUCUCGAUGACGCCGACCGACUGGGCGAUCGCCAUCAAGGACGCUCCUCAGUACAUCAACGUCGACGCCUUCGAUUUGUCGUAUUGA